AUGGAGCACUGUGAGUUGCCUUCAUUGGAUUCCUAUGGCAUUGCACACCAUGAUCUGGGGCUUACACUUUCCCCUGGAUCGCAGUCGCAGCUGUCCACGCCCUGGACCCUUGACCAAGGGGAUGUCGAUCUUCUCGACUUUGGAAUCGGUCAAGACUUUGACCCAUUUACGGAUUUUGAUCAACUAGUCCAACAACUGAGUGGCUCCCAUAAGCGGGCUAGUGAUGAUGCUUUUGGAAGUGGCACACUGUCUGCGAGCAACAAAAAGCAGCAUACUGAAGAUAAGGAUUAUCCGGUAGCCGUGGAGUUGCCCCCGGGCCUGAGCCCGAAGUCUCCGGUCCUUAUCCCAGCAUAUGAGUCUCCUCCAGCAGGUGGGGGCACAGAGCCAGCUAGCUCGGUGAUUAAGAACAGGUUUCCUAUAGGCAGUGGGGAUAUGGUACAUCAGGCAACCCUCGAGGCAUUGUCUCAAGGCAAGUCCCCCUUGGAGCACAACUCGCCAUAUGGACCUGUGGGGUACCAUCCAUCAGCACCCUCUUUACACUGUAAGACCAUUGGGGAGUAUAUUUCCAAUGAGACUCUGCACCAUCGUCUACAGAAUUCGCGGCGUCGCAUUGAUGUUCUGACAAUUGAACGUAAUCGGUACCGUGAUGCCUUGCUCAAGUAUACGAGCGUGGACCCCAUGACUGGUAAACUGGGAAUCCACCUAAUGGAGGCAGAAAUGGCAACCUUACGCAGGGUGUGCUCAACUCAGCAACAAAGGGCCAAGCAGUAUAAGGCGGACAUCGAGGAGUGGAAAACAAACUAUGUGACCGUCGCCAAAAACCACAACUGCCUAAUUCGGGACUACCAGCAGCUUCAAUGUGCGUCGAGCCAGUCAAAUUCACCAACAGAAGAACGGCUUCGCUCAAUAACGGACGACUGGAAGGGCCAGUAUGAGCAGCUGUCACAUGUCUACCAUGAUCUCCUGGCUGCCUACGUCCAUUUGGCUCGAGAUACUGGGACUAUAAAUUCACCUGAUCCCUCGCCAUCUUCUUCUCCUUCCAACUCCCCUCCCCGUCUCUCCAAUCCUUCUUCUCUUGAUUCCCAAACCCCGACGUCUGAGUCUCUUAAGUCUGUUGCCACUAUUGCUACAACUGUACCUCCCACUCACCCCGCCGAGUGUCUUGCCAAAGAUCUUGCCAACCCUUCUCCGAGUCCAACUCUCACUUGCCCCCUCACCUGCAAUCUGACUCUUGAGCCCAAAAUGGCUAAUCCAGUGCCUUUUGGUCGCAUUCCAUGCGCCCCUCAAGUCACCGCUGCUCAAUAUGCCCUCAUAUUACGGCAUUACAACAUGCCUUACUCUGCCUGGCCUUAUUGGGUCAGGGCCGGCAUCGGCCGUAACAUUCCCCCUGUUCACUUGACUGCACCCACCAGUGGCGUGGCCUUUCCCUCAACUACCAUGACUCCUCUCACCACUGAUACGACCUCUUCAACUUUCAAUGCGGGUCCUCUCACCGUUGGCACCAGUGUUUCUACUGUGAGAACGGCUCCUUUUGCCUAUGGUGCAACUGAUUCCAUCGCCGGAACAACGACUACAGCCAUUGGCACAAGCUCCGCCUUUAAUGCGACUCGUCCUACCGUUGCCACAAAUGUGGCCACCGCAAGAAUGGCUCCCUCCGCCUGUAACGCGACUACGCCUGUCACCAGAAUGACGCCUCCAACGCUUGACUCGACUUGUUGUGCCGUCAACCCAUCACUUCCCACUGCAAGCUCGACUUUUUCCACUACCACCGACAUCCCGACGCCCGUUUCCGUCUAUGCUCCCCCUGCGCUUCCCAAGGACGUCGAGGUUAUUGAUCUGACCGACGACACAGACGCAGAGGUGAGUACCCAGAGCUCUUUUCAAGACGAAAUACAGACCCCGCUGACAACUUCUUCUAGCCCACUAACCGAGUUUCGCCGCCAAUUCAGAGCGAAAAAGCUCUCCUGGCUCACUAAUCUCGAGGAUGGGGAGGCUGCGACCCGCAUCCAUGAGGAGCUGAACCCUGAGGACGAUUACUCUGGAGUCUCCAUCGGCCAAUGCUACGACUUUGUGAGCACCCAGAAGCUCCUGCGCCACUAUAUCGGUGGUCCGUUUGCCAAUUCCACGACCCUUCACACCACUGACGAUGUCAGAACUCCGAUCAAGGGCAAUGGCAAGUGUGCCCCUAGACUUGCUUCUAAGAAGCACUCUCCCAACAAAGUCCUCAAGCGCCCUCGGACUUCCACCAAGAGCUCCCCCAAGACUUCCACCAAGCGUAUGACCAAGAGCAACACCACCCAGCGCGCGGAAAAAACGAGUUCUGUUUCUAGUGGUCAUAAUGAUAACUUCAGCCCCUCGGAUGAAGACCUUGCCCGUUUGACGGAGGCGGAGCUCGCCAAGGAUAGCCUUCCUACCGGCUUCUCUUCUUCGCUCGACAGUAACGGUGACUACAACCCCUCUGAUGAAGAUCUUGCCCAGUGGAUAGACGAAGAGCUCGCCAAGAAGAGCGCUUCCAAUGAUACCUCUCAUUCGGAUGUCUCUGCUUCCAUUUUCGAAGACGAUGGAAACUAG